AUGAAGGAUAACGCCGUACUUAAGUGGCAAAAAGUUUACAACCCCACCGGCCCGCAGCCCCGACCUCGCCAUGGCCAUCGCGCGGUCGCCAUAAAAGAUUUAAUGAUAGUUUUCGGCGGCGGAAACGAAGGGAUAGUUCAUGAGCUUCACGUCUUCAAUACCACCACAAAUCAAUGGUUCGUCCCAGUCACGAAAGGAGAAGUGCCUCCAGGAUGCGCUGCUUACGGGUUCGUUGUCGACGGAACGCGUCUGCUCGUUUUUGGCGGCAUGGUGGAGUACGGCAAGUAUUCUAAUGAUCUCUACGAACUACAGGCAUCACGGUGGGAAUGGAAGCGUCUGAAGCCUUUACCGCCUAAACAAGGGCUCCCGCCUUGUCCAAGGCUCGGCCACAGCUUUACACUUCUUAAUGGAAUGGUUUAUUUAUUUGGCGGUCUAGCCAAUGAGAGUGACGACCCCAAAAACAACAUACCUAGAUACCUUAAUGACUUGUACACUUUAGAAUUAUAUCCAAACUCCUCUAUGACAGUAUGGGAUAUACCUUUGACAUAUGGACAAUCACCGCCUCCUCGUGAGUCUCACAGUGGUGUAGCCUACACUGACAGAAAUUCAGGAAAAUCUUCAUUGAUUAUUUAUGGUGGUAUGAGUGGCUCGCGACUUGGAGAUUUGUGGGUGCUCGAUAUGGAAAGUAUGUCGUGGUCACGCCCAGAGGUUGGAGGUCCUCCGCCUCUACCUCGGUCCCUUCACACUGCCACGGUCAUCGGUCAUCACAUGUAUGUCUACGGUGGCUGGGUACCAUUAGUGCCUGAUGAAUCAAAACUUGCCACACAUGAGAAGGAGUGGAAAUGUACCAAUACAUUGGCUUCACUGAACCUAGAAACUAUGACUUGGGAUAAUAUAGCUUUGGACAAAUUUGAAGAAUGUGUACCCCGAGCUCGUGCUGGCCACAGCGCUGUUGCCAUUCAAACUAGACUGUAUAUUUGGUCUGGCAGAGAUGGCUACCGGAAAACAUGGAACAAUCAGAUCUGUUGCAAGGAUUUAUGGUACCUCGAGGUCGGAGUACCCCCUCAAGCAAAUAGAGUAGCACUUGUAAGAGCGGGCACCACUUCAUUAGAGUUGUGUUGGCCGCAAAUGAAUACAGUUACAACUUUUCUUCUACAAGUACAGAAAUGCGGUAAGGUUACACCAGCGCGCUUCCCGUCAGCUGCUGAGCCACUAACGGCGCCACCGCCAGCAUCACCUGUUGCCUUGCCCAGUCCGGCUGACGUCAUCAAAGCCUUUGGUGUCACUUCACCUGUUGCCAGUGGCAUGCCAUUGGUACCGUCGCGGCCCACUACCACUACGGUCUCGCCUGCCACGACCACUGUAAUGACUCCACAAAAGAUUGUUCCAACAACUAUCAAAAUGCCAGCACAGGCUACAGUCAAAAUCUCACCCAACACUCCCACUCUCAAACAAGCUACAUACCAGGCUAAAACAGUUGUUAAAUCACCAGCGGCUGCGACGGCAACAGCCGGCUCUUCCCAGCAAAUCAAAGUAGCGGCCGUUACGCCGCAAGGCAUCACGAGAAUUGUGAGCGGUGUUGGGACGCCAGGCACCGUGCGCGUCUCGACAGCUCAGUCCAAUGCACAGAUCGUAUUAGGUUCCCCUGCAUCCGCCAACGCGCCACGGUUUGUGCAAGUCAAGACAGGGGGUAGCGGCGGCGUACCUGUCAAACUAGGCGCUGGUAAUAUGCCUGUGAAACUAUCUGGAAACGCUGUACCCUUGAAAAUCGGUGCGGCUAACAUUCAAGGCAAGAUAACGACCAACAGUGUUCAUAAAGUUGGCCAAGUAGGCACAACAAACCUGCCUCUUAAGCUAGGGGCUGGGAAUGUCAAGAUUGGUACAAGUAAUGUGCUUGUAAAGACAGCAGGCGGCGUUCCCAUCCAAGCGGGUGUCGCCAAUCUACAGACUAAAGUUGGUGCAGGUGUUCCUGUGAAACUGGGUGCUGGUAACUUACCAGUCAUAGCCAGCAGUGGCGGUACGAUACAGAUAGCCAGCAGCGCGCUCGCAGGCCAGCAAGUGAAAACUCCCGUAUAUAAAAUUGUGACGGCAAAGUCAAGCGAACAAGCGGCAACGGUAACGACAAGUACAGUUGCAGGAGGUGCUACGGUCCUACGGCAGGCUGGUGGCAAUGCAGGCAUUCCAGUCAUCAUCAAGAAGACGCCUGGCGCUAACGCACAGUCAGGUGCGACCCCUCAGUAUGUAACGCUGGUGAAAACGUCGACAGGGAUGACGGUGGCGACCAUGCCAAAGGUAGCUAUGAUGCAGAACCGACAAGCAACACCUGCUAACACGGCGCAAUCGCAAGGUCUCGCACCCGGCGCUACUAUCGUAAAGCUGGUCUCCACUAAUACUGUUGGAGGCAACAAAAUCAUUACACUGCCCUCGAACAUGCUACAGUUGGGUAAAUCCGGCGUAGGCGGCAAGCAGACCAUCGUGAUAACGAAGUCGGCGAGCCAAGCGGCGCAGUCCAACCAGCAGCAGUGA